CUUCCGGUCGCCUUCCAGUGCGGCGGCGUCCCGGUGAGCGAGUGCGCCCCGGGGCUGGGUGGGCGGCGACCCCAGCUGACCCUCGCGCGGUCCUUCUCGCCCCCAGGUCCGCGCGGCGGCGCCAUGGCGGAGCUGACGGCGCUGGAGAGUCUCAUCGAGAUGGGAUUUGCCCGGGGACGCCCGGGGCCCGAAGGUCCCCGUGCGGCCGCCGGGGAGAGCAGACCGGUCCUGAGCGAAGAGGAGCGGCAGGAGCAGACCAGGAGGAUGAUGGAGCUGGUGGCCCAGAAGCAGCGGGAAAGGGAAGAAAGGGAGGAGCGGGAAUCCUUGGAACGAGAAAGGCAGCGCAGGCGGCAAGGGCAGGAGCUGACAGCGGCUCGACAGAGACUGCAGGAAGAUGACAUGCGCCGCGCUGCAGAGGAGCGCAGGCGGGAGAAGGCUGAGGAGUUAGCAGCCAGACAGAGGGUUCGAGAAAAGAUUGAAAGGGACAAGGCAGAGAGAGCUAAGAAGUAUGGUGGUAAUGUAGGUCCUCAGCCAUCCCUGCCAGUGACAGAGCCAGGUCCUGUACCGUCUUCUCCCAGCCAGGAGCCUCCUACCAAGCGGGAGUAUGACCAGUGUCGCAUCCAGGUCAGGCUGCCAGAUGGGACUUCACUGACCCAGACCUUCCAGGCCCAGGAACAGCUGGCAGCCGUGAGACUCUAUGUGGAAUUGCAUCGUGGGGCAGAGGCUGGAGGGGCCCAGGACCCUGUGCAGCUGCUCAGCGGCUUCCCCAGACGUGCCUUCUCUGAGGCUGACAUGGAGCGGCCCCUGCAGGAGCUGGGACUUGUGCCUUCUGCUGUACUCAUUGUGGCCAAGAAAUGUCCCAGCUGAAGAUCCUGUAUCCUGCCAUCCUUUUUGACCUUCAUCUUUGCUAAGGCGCUGAUAUCUCCAUCCUAAUAAAUGGGCCCCAUGUGUUCUGUUUG